CAGCGUCUGGCCUGAAGCGGUGCUGAGUUUGUGCUGCAGGUCCAGGUCCUGCCGCUGGAUUCCCCCAUCGGUUUUUGGGAAGAGUGAAUGUCGAAUGGUCUGGUUUUUGUAACUGGGGACACAAACACCAAAUAACGAGAGAAGCCUUCGCUCCUUUCGCACUAUUUUUUCUCCCUCAAGGGCCCUGCAUGUCUAAUAUUUAGACAUGUUCAGCUUUAUGGAUUCCAGGACUGUACUGCUACUUGUAGCAGCCCAAGUUUGUCUAAUAGCCGUUGUGAGAUGUCAGGUGGACGACGACCAAGAAGAUCUCACUAGCUGUCUACAAGAUGGACAGCGUUAUAGUGACAAGGAUGUGUGGAAACCAGAGCCUUGUCGCAUCUGUGUGUGUGACACUGGAGGCGUCCUAUGUGAUGAAAUUGUCUGCGAGGAGCUAAAAGACUGCCCCAAACCUGAAAUCCCAUUCGGAGAGUGUUGCCCCAUCUGCGCUGCUGACCAGGCUCCACCCGCUGGAGUACCUGGAGCUAAGGGUCAGAAAGGUGAACCAGGAGACAUUACAGAUGUUGUAGGACCAAGAGGACCACCUGGCCCAAUGGGCCCACCAGGAGAGCAGGGACCCCGAGGACCAAGAGGAGAGAAAGGAGAGAAGGGAACGCCUGGUCCCCGUGGCAGAGAUGGCGAGCCUGGCACCCCUGGAAACCCUGGCCCCCCUGGACCUCCAGGACCUAAUGGACCCCCUGGCCUUGGUGGAAACUUUGCUGCUCAGAUGGCUGGUGGUUUUGACGAGAAGGCUGGUGGAGCACAAAUGGGUGUGAUGCAAGGACCGAUGGGCCCUAUGGGACCAAGAGGACCACCUGGGCCUUCCGGAGCACCUGGCCCACAAGGUUUCCAAGGCAAUCCUGGAGAGGCUGGAGAGCCUGGACAAGCUGGACCCAUGGGUCCCCGUGGCCCCCCUGGACCUCCUGGAAAACCUGGAGAUGAUGGUGAAGCUGGCAAACCUGGAAAAUCAGGUGAACGUGGACCUACAGGACCUCAGGGAGCUCGUGGAUUCCCAGGAACUCCUGGUCUGCCUGGCAUCAAGGGACACAGAGGUUAUCCAGGGCGUGAUGGUGCAAAGGGAGAGACUGGAGCUGUUGGUGCUAAGGGUGAAUCUGGUGCUCCUGGAGAGAGUGGCGCUCCUGGACCAAUGGGACCUCGUGGUUUGCCUGGUGAGAGAGGACGUCCUGGACCCAGUGGAGCUGCUGGAGCACGUGGAAAUGAUGGCUUGCCCGGUCCUGCUGGUCCCAAUGGCCCUGUUGGACCUUCCGGAGCUCCGGGCUUCCCUGGCUCUCCUGGUGCAAAGGGAGAAGCUGGACCUACUGGUGCUCGUGGACCUGAGGGUGCUCAGGGACCUCGUGGAGAGUCUGGUACUCCUGGCUCACCUGGACCCUCUGGCGCGUCUGGAAACCCUGGUACUGAUGGUAUCCCCGGUGCAAAAGGAUCUUCUGGUGCUCCUGGCAUUGCUGGUGCUCCUGGUUUCCCUGGACCUCGUGGGCCUCCCGGGCCUCAGGGAGCCACUGGACCUCUUGGUCCAAAGGGAACAUCUGGAGACCCAGGUAUUCCAGGGUUCAAGGGAGAGGCUGGACCCAAAGGAGAACUUGGACCACCUGGUCUUCAGGGAGCACCUGGCCCACAAGGAGAAGAAGGCAAGAGAGGACCCAGAGGUGAGCCUGGUGCUGCUGGACCACGGGGGCCUCCUGGAGAGAGAGGAGCCCCUGGUAACCGUGGUUUCCCUGGUCAGGACGGUCUGGCUGGUCUCAAGGGAGCCCCCGGUGAGCGUGGACCCCCUGGAGCCAGUGGUCCCAAGGGUGCCAGUGGUGACCCCGGCCGUCCCGGAGAGUCUGGUCUGCCCGGUGCCAGAGGUCUGACUGGACGCCCCGGGGAUGCUGGACCGCAAGGCAAAGUUGGACCUUCUGGAGCACCUGGUGAGGAUGGUCGUCCAGGACCCCCCGGCCCACAGGGAGCCCGAGGACAGCCUGGAGUCAUGGGAUUCCCUGGACCCAAGGGAGCAACUGGUGAACCUGGCAAGUCUGGAGAGAAAGGAUUGGCCGGAGCGCCUGGUCUGAGAGGUCUGCCUGGCAAAGAUGGAGAAACUGGCCCAGCUGGACCCCCAGGCCCCGCUGGUCCUGCUGGAGAAAGAGGAGAGCAAGGACAGCCUGGUCCUUCAGGCUUCCAGGGUCUUCCUGGCCCUCCUGGCCCACCUGGUGAGGGAGGAAAGCCUGGAGAUCAGGGUGUUCCUGGAGAGGCUGGAUCUGCUGGUGCCACUGGACCUAGAGGAGAACGUGGUUUCCCUGGAGAGAGAGGAGCCGCCGGCCCUCAGGGUCUGCAAGGACCCAGAGGUCUGCCUGGAACUCCUGGAACCGAUGGACCCAAGGGAGCAAUUGGACCUGCUGGUGGUCCAGGAGCUCAGGGACCCCCUGGCCUGCAGGGUAUGCCUGGAGAGAGAGGAGGUGCUGGUAUUCCUGGACCCAAAGGAGACAGAGGAGAUGUUGGAGAGAAAGGACCUGAAGGUGCUCCAGGCAAAGAUGGAGCCAGAGGUCUCACCGGUCCCAUUGGUCCCCCUGGUCCUGCUGGUCCCAAUGGUGAGAAGGGUGAAUCUGGUCCUGCUGGUCCUUCUGGAGCUCCUGGUGUCCGUGGUGUUCCUGGUGACAGGGGUGAGACUGGACCUCCUGGACCUGCUGGAUUUGCUGGACCCCCAGGUGCUGACGGUCAACCUGGAGCCAAGGGAGAGCAAGGAGAAUCCGGACAGAAGGGAGAUGCUGGUGCCCCUGGACCCCAAGGACCAUCUGGAGCCCCUGGACCUGCAGGUCCCACAGGUGUUUCUGGACCUAAAGGUGCUCGUGGUGCUCAGGGACCUCCUGGUGCCACAGGUUUCCCUGGAGCUGCCGGCCGAGUUGGACCCCCUGGCCCCAAUGGUAAUCCUGGACCUGCUGGUCCAGCUGGCCCUCCUGGUAAAGAUGGACCCAAGGGUGUGAGGGGAGAUGGUGGACCUCCAGGCAGACAGGGUGAUGCUGGGCUCCGCGGUCCUGCUGGAGCUUCUGGAGAGAAGGGAGACCCUGGAGAGGAUGGUCCUCCUGGCCCCCUUGGUCCUUCAGGUCCUCAGGGAUUGGCUGGUCAGCGUGGUAUUGUUGGUCUCCCUGGACAGCGUGGUGAGCGAGGUUUCCCAGGUCUGCCUGGACCUUCGGGUGAGCCUGGAAAACAAGGAGCUCCUGGUGGCCCAGGAGACCGUGGACCUCCUGGACCUGUUGGACCACCUGGACUAACUGGACCUGCUGGAGAGCUUGGCAGAGAGGGCAACCCUGGAUCUGAUGGACCUCCUGGUAGAGAUGGUGCCCCUGGAAUUAAGGGUGAUCGUGGUAACACUGGUCCUACAGGUGCUCCUGGUGCUCCAGGCGCUCCUGGAGCUCCCGGACCAGUUGGUCCCACCGGCAAACAGGGAGACAGAGGAGAGCCUGGCGCACAGGGACCUUCGGGAUCUCCGGGACCUGCUGGAGCCAGAGGAAUGCCUGGACCCCAAGGACCACGUGGUGACAAGGGUGAGGCAGGAGAGGCUGGUGAGAGAGGACAGAAGGGACACAGAGGCUUCACUGGUCUGCAGGGUCUCUCCGGACCUCCGGGUCAACCUGGAGACCAGGGUGCUACUGGACCUGCUGGACCUGCUGGACAACGUGGACCACCUGGACCUGUUGGCCCUGCUGGAAAGGAUGGCACAAACGGUCUGCCUGGACCCAUUGGACCCCCUGGACCCCGUGGUCGCAGUGGAGAUACCGGUCCUGCUGGUCCUCCUGGAAACCCUGGACCCCCUGGUCCUCCUGGUCCCCCUGGCCCUGGCAUUGAUAUGUCUGCUUUCGCUGGUCUGGGUCAGACUGAGAAGGGCCCUGAUCCUCUCAGGUACAUGAGAGCCGACCAGGCUUCUGGAAAUCUCCGACAGCAUGAUGCUGAGGUCGAUGCCACACUCAAAUCUCUCAACAACCAGAUUGAGAACAUCCGCAGCCCCGAGGGAUCCAAGAAAAACCCUGCUCGCACCUGCAGAGACCUGAAGCUGUGCCACCCUGACUGGAAGAGCGGAGAGUACUGGAUUGAUCCCAAUCAAGGCAGCACCAUAGAUGCAAUCAAAGUCUUCUGCAACAUGGAGACAGGAGAGUCCUGCGUCCACCCGAAGCCUUCCAGCAUCCCUCGCAAGAACUGGUGGACCAGCAAGAGCACAGACCGCAAACAUGUCUGGUUCGGAGAGGCAAUGAAUGGAGGAUUCCACUUUUACUAUGGUGAAGACACCCUGGGACCCAACACUGCUGCCAUUCAGAUGACGUUCCUGAGGCUCCUGUCCACUGAGGCUUCUCAGAACCUCACCUACCACUGUAAGAACAGUGUGGCCUACAUGGACGCCUCGACAGGCAACCUGAAGAAGGCUGUGCUGCUGCAGGGCUCCAAUGAUGUGGAGAUCAGAGCCGAGGGCAACAGCCGCUUCACUUACACCGUGUUGGAAGAUGGCUGCACGAGACACACGGGAAGGUGGGGCAAGACAGUGAUUGAAUACAGAUCACAGAAGACCUCUCGCCUGCCCAUCGUGGACAUUGCCCCCAUGGAUAUCGGUGGAAUAGACCAGGAGUUUGGAGUCGAUGUCGGGCCAGUCUGCUUCUUGUAAAGAAUGAGGGAUCAAAUUGUAGAGAAAGAAGUGGAAAUUUGAAAAAGAAAAUAACAUGAAAGAGGAGUACACUUCAGAUAAAGAAGGCGAGAAAGAGAAAAAAAGAAAAAUCAAGACAGUUUUUUUUAAAUGGGACUUUUUUUCUUAGUAGAACGUGCUUUUCCAAGAUGAACUCCAUAGGAUAUCUGCACUGAAUGGCACCAGCACCUGUCAUUUGUGAUUCAUCCAGCAUUGCCUACACUCAGCUCGCCCCUCCCUACCCCCCCAACCAUGGACACCCUGUUUUCCCUUAAAGUGCCACCCCCCCACACACACCUCACCCCCAAUAAAUCUAUUGCAUAUUCACGAACAAGAAGAAGGAAGUAUGAGGAGAGUACAGGAGCAUACUUAGGAAUGGGAGAGAGAACAAUGUGUUGGUGUUAUUUAUUUAUUGUUUAGGUUGGGAUCCCAGGUGUGAUAGGACUGAGUUUGUUGCUAAGUAAUGAAAAGUCGCUUACACACAAAUAAUUUCCACCAACUCCCUCUCUUACUUCCUCCUUUUUUUCUAACCCAUCCCAUCACUCCUGUACCAUAUCCACUAAAGAACACAAAAAUUAAGCUGCAAAGAAAGUGCAGGUGUUCCUAUUUCUACUGCCACAGUGUGUCAAAAUUACUGUGUAUUAUAAUAAAGUCAAUGGUGCUAUUGUUGUAAAACAGUUUGUAUUUUUUAUCAGCCAGAUACUCACAUUUAGUGACUUGUAUAUAUGUAUAUAUAUGUAUAUGUGUGUAUACAUAUAUAUACAGUUUCUCAGAGAGAGCAUUUCACCCUGGAUUUUGGAUUUUCGGGUGAUGAAUGUCCCUGCUUCACCCCGCUCUUGCUUCAAACAUACGUACACAAACAAAUAUGCCCCCUCAUGAAUUUUUACAAUCAAGUCAUGUUCAGUUUCAACCAAAUUUGUUUUCUUUUUGUUUUCUUAACAUUUGUUUUGGUAUGUUAAAGCUACCUCACGCUAAAAAAAAAAACCUUGCCAGUGAAACCUAAGGCCUUUUCUACCCCAAAUCUUUGUUCAUAAACACCAUAUUUUAGACAAAUGUUAAUAUGACCAAUAUGUUGGAGAAAUUUGGUCCUAAAAACCCAGCCUGCCCCCUCCCCUAUAUGCUGUGUCCUUGAUCCCUCUCUACUUCCUCCCUUCAGUCCCCUCCCACAGCACGCGCCCUCUGCUUUGGCAUACGCACGCACAGUAAACAGAUUUAAAGUGUGUUUGACUUUGUUACUCCAGUUCUACAGCCAGCGCAGAGGGUCCAUUUGUGUGAGGUUGUGUAUAUUUUUUUUAUUAUUAAUAAUAAUAUUAUUAUUAAUAAUAAUAGCAUUAUUAUAUUAUUAUGAUCAUGACUUGUUUUUGUUACGUUUUAAUUAAUGUAAAUUGGAAAUAAAAGACAAAACCAA